CAGCGUGUGGCUCAGAGAGGCAGUGCACACGAGGUGGGAAGGCCACCGGGCACAAGAACUCCCUGAGAGCAGGGACACACACGGCGUUAUCCUGCAGAGCUGCCUGAAGAGCGCGGAUUACAGAGAAAACACCAGGACCUGGUGGACAAAGGCACCCAAGAGUGGAUGGAUGCCUUUUGCAGCCUCAGUGGCCUGGACCCUUUAUGGGACUGGAACCGAACAUGGUACACCCCCAACCCAGACCUGACCCAGUGCUUCCAGAACACUAUCCUGGUGUGGGUCCCCUGCGUCUACCUCUGGUUGUGUUCGCCCGUCUACUGCCUGUAUCUCUGCUGCUGUGACCAUGGACACAUCCAAAUCUCCUGUCUCUGCAGUGCCAAAACGCUCCUGGGCUUCUUCUUGGCAUCCUUCGGCUUUGUGGAGUUCUUUUACAUUCUCCUGGAGAGGAACCAAGAGAUCCAUCAGCAUCUGAUCUUCCUCUUGAGUCCCCUCAUUCGCAGCUUGACUGUGAUGCUGGCUGUCUGCAUCAUCCAUCUGGAGAGGAAAAGAGGCUGCCGCUCCUCUGUCUUCCUCUUCCUCUUCUGGAUGCUGGCAGUGCUGUGCUCCCUCGUGCCCCUCAGAGCCAAGAUCCAGCUGGCUGUGGAUGAGGGCUUCGUCACCGACGCUGUGCGCUACCUGGCCUUUUUUUCAUACUUUGCCCUGCAACUGGUGCAGCUCUUUCUCAGCUGUUUCUCGGACCAGCCCCCAAGCAGCGGGAAAGCGACUCUGAUCAAGAACCCUUGCCCGGUUCAAGAUGCAUCCUUCUUAUCAAAGAUUCUCUUUUGGUGGUUCAGUGGACUUGUGGUGAAAGGGUAUCGCAAGCCACUCCAGGCUGAAGAUCUUUGGUGUCUAAGGGAAGAAGACACCUCAGAAAAGAUCAUCACUGAUUUGGAGCAGGAGUGGACUGCACAAUGCACAAAGAUGCAACAGCAAGAGAGGUCCUUGGGCACAGGCGUGGCGCUGGGUUCGAGGCUGGCGGAGCAGGCCCAGCUCAUCCGGAAGCUGCAGAAGGAGCAGAGUUCGGGCUUCUGUCUGCUCAAGACUCUGGCUCGUAACUUCGGGCCCUACUUCCUGUCAGGGACCUUGUGCCUCGUGGUCCAUGAUGCCUUCAUGUUCUCCAUUCCCCAAAUUCUGAGUCUGUUGCUGGGAUUCAUGAGGGAUGAGGACGCCCCCUUGUGGAAGGGCUAUUUCUACGCAUCUCUUAUGUUCCUGCUCUCAUGCCUACAGUCCCUCUUCAACCACCAGUACAUGUAUACCUGCUUCACUGUAGGCAUGAGGGUAAAGACAGCCGUCAUGGGCCUUGUCUACAGGAAGACUUUGGUCAUCAGCAGCGCUGCACGCAGGACCUGCACAGUCGGGGAGAUAGUGAACCUGGUCUCAUCUGACACCCAAAAGCUCAUGGAUUUCGUGGUGUACUUCAACGCAGUCUGGCUGGCUCCCAUCGAGAUCUCGCUCUGUCUGUUCUUCCUGUGGCAGCACUUAGGCCCAUCUGCCCUAGCUGGCAUUGCCACAGUCAUCCUCAUAUUUCCUCUGAACGGAUUCAUUGCCAAGAAAAGGAGCCGACUCCAGGAGGUGCAAAUGAAAUACAUGGACGGACGCAUCAAACUCAUGAAUGAGAUACUGAAUGGAAUCAAGAUCCUGAAGUUCUACGCAUGGGAGAAGGCCUUCCUGGAGCAGGUGCUCGGCUACAGGCAGAGGGAGCUGAAGGCCCUCAAGAAAUCUCAGAUCCUCCACUCUGUUUCCAUGGCUUCCUUCAACUCCUCAUCAUUUCUAAUUGCUUUUGCAAUGUUUGGAGUCUACGUGCUGAUUGAUGAUAAGAAUGUCCUGGAUGCGCAGAAGGUCUUCGUCUCCAUGGCUCUCAUCAAUGUCUUGAAGACCCCGCUGAGCCAGCUGCCCUUUGCGAUGAGCACUAUCAUGCAGGCCUUAGUCUCCUUGAAACGUCUUGGAAAAUUUCUUUUCCAAGAGGAGCUAAAAGCUGAAAGUAUAGAGAAAUCCCCAUACCAGCCUGAUGGAGAUGCAGUAGCCAUAGAAAAUGGCACCUUCAGCUGGUCCAGAGAAGGUCCUCCAUGUCUUAAGAAGAUCAGCGUGCAGGUACCACGAGGGUCUCUGGUCGCUGUGGUGGGUCAUGUUGGCAGUGGGAAGUCAUCUCUUCUGUCUGCAGUCCUGGGGGAGACAGAGAAAAGGAGUGGCAGUGUUUCAGUCAAGGGCUCAGUUGCCUACGUGCCCCAGCAAGCCUGGAUCCAGAAUGCCAGCCUGCAAGACAACAUCAUGUUUGGCCGAGAGAAGAAGCAGAGCUGGUACCAGCGUGUGCUGGAAGCCUGUGCCCUGCUCCCUGACCUGGAGAUUCUGCCCGCUGGCGAUGCCACUGAGAUCGGGGAGAAGGGUUUGAACCUGUCAGGAGGACAGAAGCAGCGGGUAAGCCUGGCACGUGCCGUGUACAGGAAAGCAGACCUGUACCUGCUGGAUGACCCCCUGUCUGCUGUGGAUGCCCAUGUGGGACAGCACAUAUUUGACAGAGUCAUUGGACCUAAGGGUGUGCUGAGAGACAAGACCCGUGUUCUAGUCACGCAUGGGACGAGUUUCCUGCCCCAGGCAGACCUAAUCCUUGUGCUGGAUGAUGGAGAAGUCACAGAAAUGGGCUCGUAUUCAGAUCUGCUAAGCCGGCAUGGUGCCUUCGCCGAAUUCAUACAGACCUUCGCCAGCACAGAACGCAAGGAGAGCUCUGUCCAAAGAGGUACCAGGAAGUCUUUAUCACGGCUCAGCGUUACUGACUUCAUGCCUGUUUCCAGAGACCUCUCCCAGGAGCAGCUCAUUAGUGGUGACAUGGGCAACAACAGCCUACAGAACAUGGAGUCUAUAUCUGACACAGAGCAGGACCAGGUACCAGAAGACGUGGGAAAGCUGACAGAGGCUGACAGGGCCCGCACCGGCAGGGUAAAACUGGAGCUAUACAUGGAGUAUUUCAAGACCAUCGGCUUGGGGCUGAUCCUGCCCAUCAUCUUCCUGUAUGCCUUCCAGCAGGCCGCCUCCCUGGCUUACAACUACUGGCUUAGCAUGUGGGCAGAUGAUCCCAUCGUGAACGGGACACAGAUCGACACAGACAUGAAGCUGGGCAUUUACGGGGCUCUUGGUUUCGCACAAGGUGUGGCUAUUUUUGGUACCACUGUGGCAAUCUCGGUGGGAGGCAUCAUAGCCUCUCGUCACCUGCACUUGGAUCUCCUGAACAACGUUUUGCGGUCUCCAAUGGCCUUCUUCGAGUGCACGCCGAGCGGUAACCUCCUUAACCGCUUCUCCAAGGAGAUAGACGCCAUUGACUGCAUGAUCCCAGAUGGGCUGAAGAUGAUGCUGAACUAUCUUUUCAAGCUGCUGGAGGUCUGCAUCAUUGUCCUGCUGGCGACACCCUUCGCGGCGGUGGUCAUCCUACCCCUGGCUUUGCUUUACGCCUUCAUCCAGAGUUUCUAUGUGGCCACAUCCUGCCAGCUGCGUAGGCUGGAGUCUGUCAGCCGGUCACCGAUCUACACUCACUUCAAUGAAACAGUACAGGGUGCAAGUGUGAUACGAGCCUUCGGAGAGCAGUCAAGAUUCAUUCUGCAAAACAACUAUAGGGUCGACUACAAUCAAACCUCCUACUUUCCCCGAUUUGUGGCUACCAGGUGGCUGGCUGUAAAUCUUGAGUUCCUUGGCAAUGUUGUGGUUCUUGCUGCGGCAAUCCUUUCUGUAAUGGGGAAGAAUACGCUGAGUCCUGGCACUGUGGGUCUCGCCGUGUCCCACUCUCUUCAGGUAACUGCAAUUUUAAGCUGGAUCGUGAGAUCCUGGACAGAUGUGGAGAACAACAUUGUAUCUGUGGAAAGGGUAAAGGAAUAUGCCGACACACAGAAGGAGGCACCCUGGACCAUGGAAAAAAAUCCCCUCCCCAUAGCCUGGCCACAAACAGGGACCAUUGAAUUCCAUGAUUAUGGACUGCAGUACCGCAAAGGCUUGGAUUGGGCUCUCAAAGGAAUUUCCUUACGCAUCGAAGAGCGGGAGAAGGUGGGGAUAGUGGGCAGAACUGGAGCUGGAAAGUCCUCCCUCGCUCUUGGAAUUUUUCGGAUCUUGGAAGCUGCCAAAGGUGAAAUCUAUAUUGAUGGGAUCAACAUAGCAGAGAUAGGACUUCAUGACCUGAGGUCCCGCAUCACCAUCAUCCCACAGGACCCCGUGCUGUUCUCUGGCUCCCUGCGUAUGAACCUGGAUCCAUUUGAUGCAUACUCAGACGAGGAGGUCUGGAGUGUUCUGGAGCUUGCCCACCUCAAGAACUUUGUGUCAGGCCUACCAGACAAACUGAAUCAUGAAUGUUCAGAAGGAGGAGAGAACCUUAGUUUGGGACAGCGUCAGUUGGUGUGUCUGGCUCGUGCUCUCCUCCGCAAAACCAAGAUUCUUGUCCUGGAUGAGGCAACGGCAGCUGUGGAUUUGGAAACAGACACCCUGAUCCAGUCAACAAUUCGUGUCCAGUUUGAGGACUGCACCGUGUUGACCAUCGCGCAUCGACUUAACACCAUCAUGGACUAUACCAGAGUCAUCGUGAUGGAUAAAGGCCAUAUUGCAGAAAUGGAUUCUCCAGCCAAUCUCAUCUCAAAGAGAGGCCAGUUCUACUGGAUGUGCCGGGACGCUGGGCUGGUGUGACAGGCUCCUGGGGGGCGG